AUGUUUCCAAGGUACUUUACGUGGAAGACACGCAGCAAUUCAUGGAGUGCCAACGUAGUCGGCCGAAUCUACACUGUCAGUCCGAGGGAGGGUGAGCGCUACUUUCUUCGCUUCCUCCUCACACAAGUGCCAGGGGCAACAUCCUUCGAAACCUUGCGAAAUAUCGACGGCGACCAGUGCACCAGCUUUCGACGAGCUUGCUUACGACUCGGUUUGCUGGCCGACGAUGCUGAGUGGAGGCACGCAAUCCGAGAUUCAUUCCGGUCAAGCUUCGUUCCUCUUUCUCAUCUGUUCGCUACGAUUCUGGCACAUUGCCAACCUUCGGAUCCUCUCUCGCUGUGGAACGACCACCUGGACAUGUUUCUCACUGAUAUUCGCAUGCUUGGAGAGGUACAGGAGGCUCUGCAGACCGUGCGAUCCGACUGGACGCUCGCAAACUUCGGACUCCCACUUCCCGAUGACAGCCUGCCCGCUUUGGAACAGCAAUACGAGAUCCAGACGCCCGAAGCACGAGCGCAGCAGUGGGAAGGGCGACUACAGACAUCGUUGCCGCUGUUGAACACAAAUCAACGCGUAUCCGUUUCUGCAUUGCUUCAAGGAUCCUCAAGCGCCGUCGCGGGACCUUCUAUGCCCACACAAAGUGGUCGUCUCUUCUUUCUCGAUGCUCCUGGCGGAACAGGCAAAACAUUCGUGCUCAGCGCCAUUCAAGACUUCCUUCGUACGCGCCGUAAGCAGGUCAUCGCUUUCGCUACGUCUGCUGUUGCUGCUGUGUUGCUCGACGGUGGACGCACCGCUCAUUCCGUGUUCAAGGUUCCCAUUCCUGUAUCUGCCGAAAGCACGUGCAGCUUCUCCGCAAACUCCGACACAGGCCGUACACUGCAACAAGUCGAUCUCAUCAUAUGGGACGAGAUCGUCAUGUGCCAUCGACAUUGCAUUGAGACUGUCAAUCGCUCCCUUCGAGACUUGAUGCAAACCGACUGGCCCUUCGGAGGAAAGUUCCUCGUGCUCGCUGGAGACUUUAGACAAAUCCUCCCCGUCGUUCCGGGCGGGUCCAGAGACCCUGCAGCAGAUGUGGAGGCCCUCAACUUUCCAGAGUUCCUCCUCAGCGUCGGGGAAGGCAGACUUCAAGGCGAAGAGCGCCCGGAAUGGAUAUCACUACUGCAGUCCGUCGCGUUCGAGCACACCAUCCGCAAUUUAUGCUUCAAGGUCUUCCAAGGGAUUCGAGACAACUAUACCGACCCUGCCUGGCUCACCAAGCGCGUUAUACUCACCACAAAGAACACGCCGCUCGAACAAGUCAACGAAGUCAUCCGCAACAUGAUUUCGGGACCGUAUCGAACGUACUUAAGCGCAGACAAGGUGGAGAGCGAAGACGCCAACGCGCUGAUCUAUCCCACAGAAAUUCUGAACACCUUGACGGCCGGGUCUGCUCUACCAGACCACAAGCUCAAGCUCAAGAAAGGCUUCAUCGUCAUGCUUCUCCGCAAUCUCGAUCCCGCUACCGGUCACGUCAACGGCGCGCGAUAUGUCAUCGAGAACAUGACCAACAACCCUCUCUUUCUACACGUUACCACCGGGUCACACCAAGGCAACAGACUGUGUCUUCCUCGAAUGCCCUGCAGACCAGGAGACGACAACUUUCCCAUCCCUGGCUUCACCCGAACGCAGUUUCCCAUUCGCACGUGCUUCGCCCUUACAACGAACAAAGCGCAAGUCCAAUCCUUCGGUGGCCGCAUUGGUCUCGACCUACGAGAUCACUGCUUCUCGCACGGUCAACUCUAUGUCGCACUAUCAAGGACUAGUCACCAAGGCAACGUCACUGUCCUCACUCGAGAGUCCAAUGAAACCACGCGAAACGUAGUGUACCCCGAGGUCCUUCAGUAG